AUGCGAACGCAAACGCGAACGCCAACGCCAUAUGCCAUAUGCUAUGUGCCAUGUGCUCCCCUUUCUCGGCCACCUCUGCGACCCUGUCAGCCGAAAAAUGGACUUGGAUCCGACCCUCUGUCAGCAAAGGAGGCAGAGGGCCCUCCGGUUCAGGUUGAACCAGUUGAUCUGAGCUUGCGAUCGCCGCGCGCAAGUACUUCGCAUGGAAACAGCAGCAGCAGCUACAAAUUCUCGUCGGCCAACAAGGCAGUUGGCUACAGCAAUGGCAAGCCGGGUGGAUCCUCCGGCUCGUCCUCGUCCUCGGGCUUUGGAGCGGGCUCAGCUGGAUCCUCGUCGCUGGGGGCCUUUGCUGCCCAGCAGCAGCAGCAACUGUAUGCCUCCUCCGGUGUGUCCAAGUUGCCAUUCUCGCCGUUCUUCGCGGCCUCGCCAUUCUUUUUCACCUAUCGACGGAUCAGCGGAAGCGGAAGUGGAAACGGCAGCGGCAGCGGAAGUGUCAGCGUCAAGCAGGAGGACAACAACAACAGCUGCAGCUACAACAACGGCAGCAGCAGCGGCGGCGGCGGCACAGGAUCGACGACGAACAGCAUGCAGGACUACGAGAGCAAGUUCUCGCUGCUGAGCCUGUUCAAGAAUCCCUACAAGUUUGCCGGCGGCGAUGGCCAUGCCUCGCGCAAGACCUCGCCCACCGGCGGCUCCAGCAAGUCCCUGGCCUCCUCCAACUCCUCGCCCAGCUGGAAGAGCUACGCCGGCUCCGCCUCGCCACACGCCGCCCUCAACCCCGCCUUCGGGGGCAUGGCGCGGGGGGCAACGCGCAAGGAUAGCAGCAGCUUCAGUGGGAUUAACUUUGGCGGGAGCAGCUCAGCCUUCGGAUUCAGCACCUCCUCCGAUUCGAUGGCCAACGGCGGCUACAAUGAUCUCUCCAAGAACCGCAAGGUGCACAAGUGCGACACCGAGGGCUGCGACAAGGUGUACACCAAGAGUUCGCACCUCAAGGCGCACAAAAGGACGCACACAGGUGAGAAGCCGUACGUGUGCACGUGGGAGGGCUGCAUCUGGCGCUUCGCCCGCUCGGACGAGCUGACCCGCCACUACCGGAAGCACACGGGCGUGAAGCCCUUCCGCUGCCAGCUGUGCACCCGCAGCUUCAGCCGCUCGGACCACCUGUCGCUGCACAUGCGCCGCCACUGAGGAUUUGCGACUGCCGAUCUGGCCAUACAUACUCGUACUCGUACUCGAAAUCGUACUCGAAAUCGCACUCGUGUUCGAACUACUCACAUCCGUGAAUACUCAUCUGAGACGCUGUCGUGGAGCAGCUCUUGAUUAUUUAUACGCACUCGAAUCACAUCCAUUGAUCAUUCACUGAGACCAGAUAUUCAGAUAUUCCAUGUCGCCUAAGUAGCUCAAUUUAGAACUUAAGAGGGCUCAAAGCCCAACUUAGUUGGUAGCUAGACUGUAGUUUUGUGGCGGAAAGAUUUGUAAAAUUUUUCACAUUUUAAGCCCAGAGACAAUUGCCUUCAGAAGCCAAGUUAACAAAGUGGAUUUUUACCUACCAUACAUACACAUACAUAUGUAUCUGCAUAGUUAAAUAUAUUUUUAUAUACUACAGAUAGUUUUUGGAUUGGUGCUAGCAACUUGCGUGUACAUAGUUCUAGAUAAACGUAUACAGCCCCUAGAUCGGUAAGAUGAAAUUUAACUAAUUUUAGAUCAAAUUUUAAUUGGUUUUUAAGUAGAAAAUUGUAUACAGAAUCACAAACAAAAGAGGCAAAACAACCCGACAAGCAAAGCAAUAUUUAUAUAUAUAUUCAGAGAUACUCUCAUCUGCAGGGUAUCUUCAUCAUUUUGUACUAUACGCACAUGGAGUGAUAGUUGAUGAGGAUUUUCACCUAAAGGGGCUCGAUGAGGGAAGUGUUUGAUAGCGUCUUCUAACAAAAACAUUGAUAGUUUGAAACCUAAAGAUACGAUAACAUCGUUUGAUUAUUAAAAAAAAGCUGUAUUCUGAACCGUAGGUGCCUUAAAUUCUAUGACAUACUUGCUAAAAUUAAGACAUUAAUUGUAAUUUCAUCUUUUGUUAAUCCUAUAAGCAUAGUUCUUCACCAACACAUACGCUUUAAGCUGCCUUAUAGCCACGCAACGCACUGUAUUCCCUGGCGAACCCCCAUAGCAAUUUGCCUCAUACCAACUGUCAUCAUAGAUUUUAGCACACU